AUGGAUGGUGGGCUAUUGCCUUCACGCUUACGCGCUGUUUUGUCCGAAGUGGAAGCCGUGCUCCAGUCUCUCACUAGGCAGGCCGAUGAGGCUUGGAAUAAGGAAGAGAAGCGUCUGCAAAAAAGCUAUCGAAAGCUGCGCCGCCGCUGCAGCGAACCAGCUUCGGACGCAGUGGCUGUCGCUGCGGAUGAUACUCAUGUUGCUGAUGCAGAGCUGGAAGCCGAGCAGGAGGAAGCCGUGCAAGUCCGUGAAGCAGACGUUUCCGGGUCUUCCAGUACACCUGUGCUGUCUGAUCAGCACCUGACCUUGUUUCGCAAGAUGAACGAGUGGGGAUUUCUGGACAACACUCAGAAGCUAGUGCGCUUGCAGCAGGCCGAAGAAGCAUCAAGGCGCUCACGGAGGAGCUUGGGCCAGGAAGAGCUGGCAGAUAUCCUCAACAUGGCUGCAGCUUGCAUUACGGCCCCUCGCAGACAUGCGAGGCAACCGCACAGGGAUGCCACCAACGGAGGCGACGUCAGAGCUGUCCCGGAAUCGGAGGAGCCGUCGACAAUGGACCUGCAGAAGCGCGUUCGGUCGUUGUUAUUGCAUGCACUCCGUAUGUGGCAGAUGAACCAACUCGAUUGUAAAGCGAUCGAGCAUGUCUUGGACUGCGUGCAAGAGAAGAUCAGCAAAUUCGAGAGCAAGGCUUGGCUGAAAAUCAAGCAGAUGGUCGAUGAGUUGCUGCUUCGGGUAGAGGUGCCUUCGAACCCACCGCACGCGAAAAGGACAAGAAAAGCCCAUGCGGAAAGUGGUCCUAAAGUCAACGUAAGACUGGAGCGCCAGAGUGGCAUUCAGAAUAUUUCCUGGGUUGUGCAAAAGGCAGCCUGGAAAUGCGAAGAAUCCAGCAGAUGCGGUGGCGUUCGCACUGUGAAAUCUCGCGUGUUUCCAAUCUCCAAGUUCCUCGAGGAAGGCCUUGGUGAGGAGGCGGCCGUCGAGGCCGCGCUGCAGGAAGCCAAAGCGUUCCGCGAGGAGCUUGUGCGGCAGGGCAAGUUGAAGCCCCCGAUGCCGAAAGGCCCCAGCUCGACUGUGAGGGGCGUUAACUUUGACAGAGGCACUCAGAAGUGGCAGGUGCAGCUGUACCAUCACGCCGACAAGAAGCGUGUGCGCGGUGGUUACUUCGUUGACAAAGCGGAAGCGGAGGUCAAGGGCCGGGAGAUGGCUAGGUACCUUGAGAAGCUUGGCUUGGAACUGAAGACAGGUACCUUCAACCUCUUCAGCCGACUACUCCCGGCGACAGAGCUUGAGGCCGAUCCUACGGCCUGCACAGCAGAAAGUUCCAGCGGAAGUGGAGCCUUUGACCCCACGUUGCUAUCGGAUGCCUGUGACGUGCAGGAAGUCACCGGGACCUUCCUGUUUUGGGAUGUUUUCUAG